AUGAUUCAUGAGGCUACUGUUGAACAAGUAAUACAUGGGGCUGACGGCAGAGUUGAUGAAAAAGGGAACAAAGGUGACAAGGGACAACGAGGCUGGCCUGGGAAAUUUGGGCCGAAAGGAGUUCCUGGACCAGUGGGGGACAAAGGUCAACAGGGGGAGCUAGGACCACAGGGAAGGAAAGGGAUAAAAGGGGACCUCGGGCCAAUUGGUCCCAAAGGACAAAAAGGUGAAAUUGGAAUUCAAGGUGAAAUAGGAUUAAGGGGGCCCAUCGGUCCAAAAGGCCACGUGGGUCCUAAAGGAGAGAUAGGGGGACCCGGACCAAAGGGCAAUAAAGGCAAUCAGGGAGAAAGGGGUUGGAAGGGAGCUCAGGGAGAAAAGGGGAACCUUGGCAGUACCCCAGUUAUUGCCAGAAGCGCUUUCAGUGUGGGCCUUACCGCUAAAUUUCCUCCACUCAAUGUUCCCAUCAAAUUUGAUAAAGUCUUAUACAACGGCUUCAACCAUUAUAGCACCGAAACCGGACUGUUCACCUGCCAAAUCCCUGGGGUCUAUUAUUUUACCUACCAGAUCACUGUUUUUUCAAGGAAUGUGAGAGUAGCUCUGGUUAAAAACGAGCACAGGAUGCUCCACACUGCAGACAUGUACCAAGGGUCCGAAGACCAGGCAUCUGGGGGAAUCGUCCUGGAACUUCAGAAAGGGGAUCGGAUAUGGCUGCAGACUUAUGGAGGAGAGACUUUCAAUGGAUUGUUUGCAGAUCCAGAUGAUGACACUGUCUUCAGUGGCUUUCUUCUAUUUAGUACCUCCGAAGCACCAGCAUCUCUGCCCUCCAUCAUAUAAGUUGCUUGCUUGGUUUUGAAUAUGUCAAUCAUAUGGCACAGCUUACUUUUCACAUGAAGUUUCCAUCAAAGUUCAUGAAGCCAAAUCAAGACUUCCCAGUCUUUUAUUUUUUUGGCAGAAUGAUGCUGAACACCACUUGCACAUGACUUUGUUUAUAUGGUUCCUAAAUAUAUUUUUGCUAUUUUUUCCCCCAGAAAAUCUACGAUUGCACCAACACUAAUACAAAAUGCUAAUAUCUUACAUAAUUAUUUAAUCACAGGAUAGAAAACAGUAUGUUGUUAUUCUUUCAAUUGAGUAAACCUGUUUUAACUUUGUAGAAAAAAUAUUUUAGACUGAUUAAUAAAACCACACAAUCCACUGU